AUGCCGACCACGGACAAUGAAACGGCGAACUUUUUCAUCAUCAAGAACAUCAUCUUCGAAGGUGGUGUAGGUGUCGCUGCCUUCGUAGGUGGUGUGGGCGCGGCUGCCUUCGAUCCUGACGAGACCCAAAGCCAAGACGACCAAGCCCCCUUCAUGGCCGAUACAUUUGAUCAAGGCCAUGGUGGCAUAUCCGACCCCUUCAUGCAAGACCAAGAUGGCAUGGGAAGCACCUUCCCGCUCGACCACGAAUUGCCGAAGGACUACAAUAUUAAGGAAGAAGAUGAAGUGGACAUCGACAUGGAGCCUUUGUUCGAAGACAAGCUCUCAACCCAUGUCGGCGCAAACAAGAAGCACAAAAGCAAGCGGAUGAAGGCAUACACGCAGCCGGAGGACAAGCUCCUUUGUGAAUAUUGGAGGGACAUUGGACAAGACCCCAAGGACGGCGCUGAGCAAAAGUUCGCACCGUACCAAAUGGAGAGCAAGUGCGGGUGGGUGUCCCUCUCGAAACGUUGGAAGGUGAUACAACAAGAGUGCAACAAGUUUUGUCCCAUGAGCGGCCUCAACAUGAAAGCUAUGGCAUUCCAAGCUUUGGAGGCAUUCAAGGCCCAACAUGAUGACAAGUCCUUCAACCUCACCCGUUGUUGGAUGGUCAUCAACAGGGACAAGAAGUUCAAGGCACAAUAUUCUGCCAUCAAGGCGCGUGGAGGGGAGGAAGUCGUCGAGGACCAUGGCGAGGGCGAGAAGCCACAUCUGCGAGGGAAGACCAACUCCAAGAAAGAGGACAAGCGUGAUGCGGCGUCGAUUGCCUUGCAUGCCACUUUGGAAGGCAUGAUGACCAAGAAGGACACAAGGGAGGAGAAGCGCCGGCAAGACAAGGAAGAGAAAAUGACGGCCUUCAUGGAGAUCCAAAGGAGGAGGCUUGAGCUCGAUGUGGAGAAGCAAGCGAAGAAGCUCGAGAUGGAGGCGGAGAAGCAAAGGAAGACGCUCGAGAUCGAGGCCACCAAUGCCAAGACCAAGGCAAAAGAAGUGGCGCUCACCUGCAGGACGAUGGGGUGGAUAUCAUGA